AUGGCAGAGAUCUUUACAAUUAUUUGUGCUGGCUUUGCCAUGAUCUCGGACGGAUACCAAAAUAAUGUGAUGACCAUGUUGAAUACAGUGUUUGCUCAGCUUUACCCCGACGAGUAUACUUCUGACAUGAAAACCAAUGUGUCAAAUGCUUCUCUUGUCGGAACAAUAUUCGGGCAGGUUGUCAUUGGAGUCUUGGCAGACAAACUCAACCGGAAACAGUCUAUUGUGAUUGCAACCGUUUUCUUGGUAUUUGGCACCGUCCUCUGCGCGGCUGCACAUGGUGUAACUGUCAAUGGCAUGUUUUGGAUGUUGAUCAUUUUUAGAGGUGUUACUGGCUUUGGCAUCGGUGCCGAGUAUCCUUCUUGUUCCGUAUCCACCAAUGAAGCCGCAAAUGAAGCAGUGAAAAGACGAGGCGGGGUAUUUUGUUUGGUCACAAACUUGCCCCUCUCGUUUGGUGGACCUUUCGCCUUGAGUAUUUUCUUGAUUAUUUAUCAAAUCACGGGGGGUGUUACCAACGGUCUCUGGAGGGCUCUUUUUGCUAUAGGUGCAUUCUGGCCACUUUCUGUUUUCUAUUUCAGAUACAAAAUGGCCACUUCUGUUUUGUUUCGGAAGGCUGCAAUAAGAAAGAAUACCCCUUAUUGGCUUGCUUUGAAAUUCUACUGGAAGAGACUUUUUGGUACAUGCGUGUGCUGGUUCCUUUACGAUUUCGUGACUUUCCCAAACGGAAUCUUCUCAGCUACAAUUAUCUCCUCCGUUUUGGAUGGCCCGCAAAAGUCGGACCUUGAACGCGUGGCUGAAUGGAAUCUUCUACUCGGAACGAUUGCGAUACCAGGUAUUUUUGUUGGCGCUUAUCUUUGUGAUAUAAUCGGAAGAAGAAACACUCUUGCCAUAGGGUUCUCUGGUUAUAUUGUUUUCGGUCUCAUCAUUGGGUGCUCAUUUGACAAGAUUAAAGGUAUCGUUCCCCUUUUCAUCAUCUUCUACGGGUUGAUGAUGUCUAUGGGAAAUUUGGGGCCAGGAAACAUGAUGGGCUUGACAUCUUCCGAAUCAUUCGCGACGCCAAUCAGAGGCACAUGUUACGGUAUUUCUGCUGCUAUUGGAAAGGUGGGUGCUGUGGUUGGAACAAAAACUUUCACACCGAUUCAAGACCGUUUGGGCGAAAAUUGGACAUUUAUUAUCGCUGCAAUUUGUGGUCUCGCGGGUAUAAUUUGCGCCCUCCUUUUCAUACCACAGCUCAAAGAUGAUGAUCUCAUGAGAGAAGAUAUCAGGUUCAAAAAUUAUCUUGUUGAACAAGGUUGGAAUGGUACCUUCGGGUAUGAAGAGGACCAAGUGAAUACAUUAAGUGAUGUUUCGGAUGGUGAUGUCGAAAUCGAUGUGGAGGAGCAGAAUUACGUUGACCAGAAGAAGCAAUAG